AGCUGUAGAGCUUUUGAUAACAAUCUUCGUUAGAAUGAAUCCUCGUUAUGAUGAACUAGUAAGUUAUCUAAUAAUUGUUGGACACAACACAACUACGUCUUUCGAAUAUGGAAAUGUUGCGGGUUCUCUUCUUGAUCUGCAUAUCACUGGCAACGGUUGCUGGGGACUACGCAUGCGUGUGCAACUACGAGAUUGAAGCUGGAGUGCUUCUUCACCCGAAUGACAAAGCCGAACUGCUGGGACAGAUGUUCGAGUUCGACUGCAAGCCAGCGGGCUUCGGAAACAGCGCCGGCAACUAUCUGGAGAUCAUGUUUGAGGGUAGAAUCGGUUAUAUCAAAGAGAGUGCGAAUAUCCAGAGCCAGACGUGUCCUGGCGCCAUACCCACAACAGACCUAGUAACAACUACAACGCAUACAAGGACUACCACGCUACCUCCCACAACAACAACAAAUCGGCCGACGACAACAACAACAACAUCAACACAUGGACCGACAACAACGACAGCGACAACAACACCUCAACAUACCACAACGACCACUACAAUAACAACCACAGUACCAAGUCCAAUAACAACGGCUACCACUACUACAACAACUACAGCUAGGCCGACAGCACCAACAACCCGACCGAACACACCCGCAAGCACCGAAGGAACAAUACGCACUACUUUUAAGCCCUCAUCCGUCCCUGAAGGACACACAGAACUGUGCCCUAACAUUUCAAACAAUUACGUCAGCAUAAACGGAGGAUUCCUAGGCCAGCACGGUGAUUAUUGUUUUGUACUGGUGAACGACUCUGUCGGGUGGCAUAAAGCCAUGAGCCACUGUAAAGAUGCUGGUGGAGGUUACCUUGUCUGCGUGUCAAACAAGGCACAACAGGACUACUUGGUCCGGUUCCUUGACAAUCACCAUUAUGUGCAAUCGAUCUGGCUGGGUUUAACUGAUUCCACGCUAGAUGGGGCGACCGCCGAAGGAAAGUGGGCAUGGCUAUCCGGCGACCCUGUGACAUACACGAACUUUGGGUCCGACUACAAUGGUCAUAGCCAAGUUACACACGACAUCAACGACUGUGUGAUUAUGAAGCAGGGUGGAGAUUGGACGGACGUUCGAUGUGGGUUGCCAUUCCUCUCCGGUCCGCUCGAGUACAGACACCCCUACAUCUGCCAAUAUAAUGUCACGUCCAAACCACCGGAAAUAUUUCACCCUUCUACUGACAAUUUGAUUGGCUGAACAUCGAUCCAUAUAGAUAUACCAAAUGACAAUAGAUCGUUGAAACUGAAUUAUACUGUUAACAAGUAUACACGACAAUGCGAUAA